AUGUUAUUCUUCGCGCGGAAACAAAAGCUUAAGGGGACUGCAGCGUUCUUUGCUGGACUUGUACUCAUUCUCUUGAGAUGGCCAUUUACGGGGUUUCUGGUGGAAUUAUACGGCAUAUUUAUCUUAUUUGGCGACUUCCUAGGGACCAUAGCCGGUUUCGCGCGGAACAUACCAGUCAUUGGCCCUUACAUUGGAGCCAUGGUCGAUAGGAGUGGAGUCGCCAUGAGGGGGUCAGAAUUGCCGGUCUGA